GUGGCAGCCAUGGAAACCGUUUGACGCUAGACACGGCGCGGUGGGCUGCUCUGCUAAUACGCUAAAAGAAAGCUAGCACCGCUAGCAUCUGUAAACGCCACCUUUUGUCAAUAUUACGUGCGUAAAGUCGACGUUGGAGACAGCUAGAUGGACAUCACCUAACAAGAGCAAUAUGUUAUUCACCUCAAUUUGUUUUGUGUGAAUGUUUGCUCGCUUUAGAUCACUCGGUUAGCAUCUUCGCUAGCUUUAGCAUCACCGAUGGCUUUCUAUGAAGUGUACUCUCAUCCGGCUCUGGUCCGGUACCGAACCAGCGUUUGUACAAAGGCCACCCUGUUCCUGGUGGUUGUCCUGUGCCUCACAUACAUCACGCCUCUGCUGGUCGCUUACAGAAGCCAAGGUUUCUGGAUUAAGAGAAAAACUUAUGAAGAACAGCCAGUGGUGAGAUUCCAGUACCAAACCCUGCUGUUCGCAGCCACCAGUUUACAAGGAGAUUACGUUGCCUGGAGCACGUUUCCUCAUCUCAACAACAUGCUUGGCACCAACCUAAGGAUUCCUGCCGUCUCUGUGAGAGAAGAGGACCAGAACCAAGAUGGGAAGUUGGACCUUUUGACAUUUCAGCUGCAGCUUCCUCUGAAAUCUGAUGAACAUGUAUACAGUAUUCAGCUGCUGCUCACCUUCAGCUACCAGCUCUUUCGGAAGUCCACUGUAGUGAUGCAGAGCCUUGCGUUUGUGCAGCACUCGUCUCCGGUGCCCGGAGCGAAGAUGUUCAUCAGUGGAGACCUGAGGCUGCAGCAGAGGGUUCCUCUGCCUCACAAAGGGCUCCACAACAUUUACAACGUCUCAGUGAUUGACGGCGCCAGCCUUUUUGCAAGUUCAUAUGACCUGAUCAACAUCAUGAGGAGCUACCAGAAGAGAAACUUAUCGACGGUGCUGUCCAGUCCAGUACUGGUCUGGACUGUGGGUCGAGCUGAUGGCUCCCCCUUUGAGCUGAAUGCUGAAAUCCGUUAUCCCUUGGAGAUCAUCAGCUAUCGGCCCGGCUUUUGGGAAACCAUCAAGUUUGCCUGGAUCCAGUAUGUCAGCAUCCUCCUAAUAUUCCUUUGGGUCUUUGAACGCAUCAAGAGAUUUGUUUUCCAGAACCAGGUCAUCAGAACCUCACCCGUACCUGUGGAAAAACCUCACUUUUCCUGAUACAGGGGUAAUAUGUUUUCUAUAGGUGUAGACUAUAUGAAAUUUUCUCAAAUGGCUCCAUAUUUUUGAUAUUGUUCUUUUUUAACUUCAUAAUCUAACUACAUGUUAAAUGAGAGAGUUGAUCCAUUCAGGACUUUUUAUAGUGUUGUUACAAGAACACAUACACAAGUAAAAAAGAUUUUCAUUAGUGAGAAUGAAUUUGACACCAAGAAUAACAUGUAGUGAGACCAGAACUGAAAAGAUAAAUUAAUUUUGCAUACUUUUGCUUCUCAAACUGCUGUUUCCGGUCAACACUUAUAAAAGCAUUGUAAGUCUGCUCCGAUUUCACACUUAAAAGAACAAGUUGGUGUCGCGUGUCAAGAGGCACGACUUCCUUCUUAUGCAAGAAGGAAGUAAUAAAUUUAAACUACUCAUUUCCCUGCAUGGGUUAAUUUAUUGCUGUGUCUGUGAAGUCGGUCUAAACAUCCUGAAAGGCUUUUUUCCUGUAACAGCACGACACAGAUGACUCUCAUUGAAUACCCAUUAGAUUAAUUUCAGAAUCUAAAACUUAUGGACGCAGGACAGAAAGUUGUUUCUGUUUGUGCUGAUUAAUCAGAGAGCUGAUUAGACUUUUCUUUGUAAAGGAAAACUUACAAAGAAAGCACAUUUAUUGUCUUAUAGAGUUCUAUAUUGUUUUCUGUGUAGUAACCUAAUAAACCUUUUUCCUAGAAGAUAAUUCUUCUUCUUUUUCUGCUGUGUCAUAGCAUUUGAAGUGUAGGGAUUUUGUGAAUUGUCUUUAUUUUUGCAACUUGAAUGUUAUAUGUUUUAAAACAGUUUGUGAUAUAAAUAAAAUUAAUUAUUUUGUACAGUGUAUGCAGCA